AUCGUGGCUGCGAUACUGUGCGACACGGGUAUAGCUUUGUUGGCGUACAUGGACGGCAUCACGGGCAGCCCACGCUGGAGAGUCGUUUCGCCCUGCGCCGCCGCCGGAUACGCUAUAUUCAAGGUCUUGUUCAGAAAAGUGAUGGGCGAAGUGAACUCCGGGCAGCGCGCGUUGUUCUUCUCGAUCCUGGGCGUGGUGAACGCGUCGCUGCUGUGGCCGGUGGCGCUGGCGCUGUACCUCACCGGC